ACGCGUUUUCUCGGAGCGUUACGGUACCUCGCGCUGUUGUGGUUGAGCCUCCCGAGCGCUCAGCUGACUCGAGGAGGAAUCGUCGCACACAGGGAAUCAUGGCGGCGGAGAUCCACUCGAGGCCCCAGAGCUCCAGACCCGUCCUGCUCAACAAGAUCGAGGGCCACAGCGACGGCGUGAACGCGGCGGUGCUGAUCCCGAAGGAGGAUGGUGUUAUCACGGUCAGCGAGGACAGGACAAUUCGAGUUUGGCUGAAGCGGGACAGUGGACAGUACUGGCCCAGCAUCUACCACACUGUGUCCUCUCCGUGUUCCUGUGUGUCAUAUCAUCACGAGAGCCGGCGGAUCUUCAUAGGCCAGGACAAUGGGGCUAUUGUGGAGUUCCUCAUCUCAGAAGACUUCAACAAAAUGAACCAUGUCAAAACAUACCCAGCUCAUCAGAACCGUGUGUCGGACCUCAUCUUCUCUCUGGAGAGUCAGUGGGUGAUCAGUACAGGUCAUGAUAAAAGCAUCAGCUGGAUGAGCACUCAGAGCGGCUCUAUGCUGGGACGCCACAGCUUCGGCUCGUGGGCUUCCUGUUUACAAUAUGACAACGAUACCCAGCAUGCCUUUGUGGGAGAUUAUUCAGGUCAGAUCACUCUGCUGAAACUGGAUGAACAGACGUGUUCUGUCAUUUCUACACUAAAGGGACAUGAAGGUAGUGUUGGUGCGUUAUAUUGGGAUCCGGUUGAGAGGUGGCUGUUUUCCGGAGCGUCUGAUCACAGUGUGAUCAUGUGGGACAUUGGUGGCAGACAGGGACGCACGUUACUACUGCAGGGACACCAUGAGAAGGUCCAGGCGCUGCGGUAUCUGCCGUUGACCCAUCAGCUGGUGUCCUGCUCUGCUGAUGGAGGAAUAACAGUGUGGAACAUGGAGACAACACGAGAAGAGGCUCCGCAGUGGCUGGACAGCGAUUCCUGUCAGAAAUGCGGACAGCCGUUUUUUUGGAAUAUAAAACAGAUGUGGGACACUAAGACCUUGGGGCUCCGACAGCAUCACUGCAGGAAGUGUGGUAAGGCGAUCUGUGGGAAGUGUAGUUCUAAACGCUCCACGUACCCCAUCAUGGGCUUUGAGUUCCAGGUGCGCAUGUGUGACGACUGCUACGACACAAUCAAAGAGGAAGAUCGGACUCCUCUGGCUACGUUUCAUGAAGGGAAACACAACGUCGCUCACAUGGACAUGGACCCGAGCCGAGGACUGAUGGUCACCUGUGGGAGUGAUCGAGUUGUUAAGAUCUGGGACAUGACGCAGAUGGUGGGCAGCAGUGUAGCGGCAGGAUUCUCUCCUCGCUGAUUGGCUGUUUCUGAAGGCACCGCCCACACUCCGCCAACAGAGAUCAUGGAAACGCUCCCCUACCUGUCUAACUCUCUCGUCCUUCAGCUGUGGAGUCUGCGCAAAACGGACACUUCAACAUGGUGUAUGUGAAUAUGUGUGUCGUUGGGAUGCUCCUUGAUUUUAUGAAUCAGACGUUCAUGUCUCUUAUGAGGUAUGAUGACCUGGAUUUGAGCAAACAUGAACUCAAGGUACUUCUAAAAGCACAAUAUUUGCGCUCUUUCUGUGUGUGUGUGUGUGUGUGUGUGUGUGUGUGUGUGUGUGUGUAUAUGACGCUUUGUCACAUGCUGAAGGUUUCUGAAAUUUUGUAUUCCCUCUAUCCAGGAGUACCACUCAAACACAGGAAGUAUUCCUUCAUCACAUCCUGUUUCUUCUUCAGCCAUCUUUCUUGUUUAUCCAUUUUACCCUUUUUGAAUUUGAAUGCUACUACUGGUCAUAGUAACCAGCACUCAUGUUACCAUGGAAAUUAGUGUUCCAUAGUAACGAUGGAACACUUCCGUACAAACUUGUUGUUUUCCCUCUAAAAAUGUCACUGCAACCCCAACAAUGAAGUGAAGAUAGAGUUCAAACUAAGAGACAGAUAGGAUCAGGUCAGAUAGGUGAGGGACAUUAAGUGUAGCAUAAAAUCCAUGGAGCAUUUUAUGAUUAAACAUUAAACAAGUUAAUACAGUAGUGUUCAGUUGUAAAACACUAUUUAUAGCACUAAUUAUCGGUUCUCUGUGAUUUAGGGACAAAUUAUUGUAUGGAAGCUUGUUUUCCCGCCAUGGGAUAAAAAAAUUUUAAAAAGCAAUUGCGACUUUUUAUCUCAUGAUUCUUCCUUUUUUCUUGCAAUUGAGAAUUGUUUUUUUGUUUCUGCCCCAACAUAAAAAAUGGUAAUUGUAACAUUUUAUCUCACAGUUCUGAAGUUAUAGACUCGAAAUUGCAGAUUUGCACAUUGCAAUUCUGACUUUUUCCAAAAAUUCUGAGUUUGCAUUAAUUCUGACUUUUUUCAGAAUUCUAAAUUUACAUCUCACAAUUCAGUUUUUUUCCCCGCCAUUGAAUAAAAAUGGUAAUUGCGACUUUUUAAUCUCACAGUUAUGUAUAUAUAUUUUUUCCCCUAAGAAUUGCAAGAAAAAAGUCUGAAUUUUGAGAGAUAAAUUCUGAAUUGUGAGAUUUAAACAGAAUUGUGCUGGAAAAAAGGUCAGAAUUUGUAAGAAAAAAAAGUUGCAAUUACCUUUUUUUUUAUCCCAUGGUUGAAACAGACUUUCAUAUUAAAGUGAUGUUUAUCCCAAUAAUUGUCAGCAUGUACAACAUUUACUCAUGUCUUUCCAAAACUCAAAUCACUUGCUUUCUUCUGUUUAACAGAAAAUUAGAUGUUUACCAGAAUGUUGAUGCUGCUCUUUCCAUACACUGGAAGUGAAUGAGGACUGAGGCUCCAACAAAGUGUCCAUGCAUCUAUAUUACAACUCUUCUGAAUCCGUAUAAUAGCUGAACAGUAAAAAUAGUCCUGUGCGUGAAAUUAAUUGUGCUAUAUUCCAACAAAUUGUUUCUUCUCGUAAGCAUAAUCUAACGUGCCAGUUUGCAGUAUUUUUUGCUGAUGUCAAACCUGACAAAUAGACCUUAGUCUAGGUAGUGCCAUAUUUAAUUUUCAUUUUUGACAGAAAUAAAAAUGAAGCUGUGAGUGACUAAAGUACAGUGCGUUUAAUGGAUUGUACUGUCGUGUAACGACAUGACAUGACCCUCACAGCCUUAUUUAAUUCAAUAUGGCGCCUAACCUGCCUUGGUCAGUAUAUGCAAAUGAGAUUUGAGAGAUGCGUUGGAGGACGGGAGUUUUAGUAUUUCGGUCUAUCAUAUGACUUGAGAAGCCUUGGAACUUGUUCAACAGGUUCGGAACUACGUGAAUAAAUUAUGACAGAUAUGUCGUUUCGGGUGCGCUUUUCCUUUAAAUAGUUAUUUCUUUCAAAAAGGCUUCAGAUUCAAGCUGUGGCGUGUGAAGCUCACAACUAACGUCACACUGGCCAAUGAGAAAAGAGAAUUCUAACCUGUUUACAAACAUUAUAACUGACCAGCGCUGUUUGUUUUACUUUAGUUCUUUCUUUUCAUCUUUCUCUCAGUCGUUUCCGAGUUCUCUGUUCCUUGCACUGAAUUGCACAGUCUGUGUGUGUUCAUGAUCUGACGGUACAAACGGCGUCUGUGCGAGUGUUUGCAUUAAAUGGCUGGUUCGUGCCUGUGUAAAGCGCUUGUUUUUUUUCGAUAUACGUCUCAUUCCGAGCUUUGUAAAUAGUUUCAUUCCCAUUCAUAAGAUUUUGUAGCUGAUUUUCCUCAUUUAA